CACUGAGGUACACAUUUUUUAACGUAAGUAUGUUUUCGAUUGGCAGAAAUCUUAUGCACCUUCUGGGUCAGCAAGGAAAUGUAUGCUCAUGAAGUAAUAUUGGGGACGAGCGAAAUUUCUUAGUUACCUAGUCCUAUGCCUCGCAGGUUAUUCAACCAUUCAUUAAAAAGAUAAAAAUGUAUGUUUCCCAUGCCUAAAAAAUUAUUUCUCAAAUGCUCCUUAUGGUUUCCUAGUUGUUCUGCGGUUACUCUCUAGUGAUAGUCAAUAUACAUCCUUGCUAUAUUUACAUGAAAAUAAUUUGAUUACCGCACAGUGCGUAGCUGUGGACGUUUAAUUACAUGCUUAAUGAUUUAUUGCAACCGGAUACAACAAAUCAAACCCUUUUAAACAUUAAUCAUAACUUAAAUGACCAGAUCACAUAAUCACUUUCUAAUUAAUACAACGUACUAAUUAGAGUUUGAAAGAGUAGUAUUUUUAUUGAUUCAAUCACGGUCAAUCUUUAAGGAUAAAAUGAAAGAGGAAGAACGAAAGGAGAUAAUCUCAUCCAUUUAAAAUAUUUAACAUUUUAUAUGUAUUAUUAAAUGUCUAAGCGGAUGUUAUAUAAUAAUAUAUAUAGUACACCAUACAAUCAUUAGGAUCAUUAUCGAAUUACAUCAUAGCUACUACUUGCUAUAUUAUUUAUUUAGCUAUAAUAUUUUAUUGAUGUACACGUUUAUAUUAUUGCGUGUUAAUAGGUUUAUCCGAUGGAAAUAUUUCUUUUGCGUUUUAUGCACACCUCUAUUUUUUUUUAUAAAUAUUAAUCGUCCUUUCUAUUACCACUUAUAAAAGUAGGAAUAGUCAAAAUUGUUUAUUUUAAUUUAUUCGAAUGAAGCGUAUUGUAAAGAUAAAAAUUUCGAAAAUAAACAGUAUACAUUACAAACCGCAUACGUGAUACAUGGUACAGGAUGUAUAGUGUUACAUGAAUACUUAGAGAAACUAAAUGAAAACUAAACGCAAAGAUUUUAAAUCAGGUUUUUAAUGCAUUCUAUAAAAUUACUUACGUGCUUUCUAAUGAAUUAUUACUUAGAAACUAUAGCUUGCAGAAAUUAUCUUUUCAAUUUGAAAAACAUGCCGAAUCUGUUUUCAUCGUGUGGUGUAUUUUUGCGUACGAGAGUCUGGGUAGGUAAAACGAUUAGGAUUGCACUUUGGAAUCAUACGUGAUAUUCUAAUAGGAGAAUUUUGCUGAUUCAGCUGUUACUUAUUAUUAGCACACGUAAUUACUAGCUGUCUCAAACAAGUUUGAAGUCUGUCAACUGUCCUUCAAUAUGGUUGUAUGUUACUCUCCAGCUACCAAGUGGCUUAAGUGUUCGAUUUUAAGGUUUUUAUUGCUACUGCCGUACGUGAAAUCGUGGAAUUUCACCUCUGUGAAUUUACCAGAAGACACGCUUGCAUGGAGAUUCGCAUUGUGGAGGAAUAGAGCUUUCUUGGCUAUACCCAGGUGGCAGCAGAAUCUAAAUGCCGAAUUGACAUUAAUCGAAGCUCCCUGGCCAGAAGUUGGUAAUUAUCAAAUUGGAUUAUCGUCAACGGUACUAUCAUCAUUUCCAAAUUUGGAUUCUCAGAAUGCUCGAAAAACUUGUGCAAAUUUGCAAAGCGUCGUGGCCGUCGAUACGGAUCCGCGAGGUCGACUGUGGGUCCUGGAUGCACCACAGGAUAAUGACUGUCCAGCAAAAAUCAUUCUGUACGAUUUGCGUAGAAAUGAUCAAGAGAUAACGAGAUGUGAAUUCACGGGAGUUUCAACCAAGUAUUUACGGAGUCUUGUAGUAGAUCCUGUAGUAAGUACUUGGGGCUCGAGGGCCUAUAUCGGAGAUCCUGACGACGAGUCAAUAAUUGUGUACAGUCUAGGACAACGCAGAUGGUGGAGAUUGCGUCUUGUCCGUGGUAGUAAUGUACCAAAAAUAUAUAGUACCGAUUUGGCCAUAUCAAGAAAAUCCUCUUUACUAUAUUUGACAGGAUAUCCAUCUCAGGAUUUGUUCAGCGUAAAUCUGGACGAGUCACGAGAGGACGAAGGACCACCAGCUGUUCUUAAAGAUCUGGCCAGUCAAAAUACUACAGUAUCCUGGUUGGGGACCAAAUUGGGAUCAUCGUUGGGUCUGUUUGCUGAUUAUAAAGGCGGUUUACAUUAUUUCAUAGUGACGGAACGAGCCAGUGUACGCUGGGAUGGCAAGCAGAAUUUGAAAGCCGAGAACCAUGCUGUUCUUUUACAGCGAGAAGACGUACCCUGUAUUACCGACUAUGUAAUGGAUUCUCAGAGAAACCUUUGGGGUCUAGUAAACUCUCGCCAUCCAGAUGGCACGAAGAAACAUAACCUUUCGAAGCUUGGACGUUCGCAUAAUGUCAGUUUGCCAUUUAGAACAGUUAAGGUUUACAAGUACAAUCGAUUCGCACUGUAAUCGCAUUUUAAUGUAUUGAAUAAAUGUGAAAGAUAAAAAGAAGUUACUACCACAAUAUUGCAGUAUACCUCCCGAAAUUGGCAGAAGUGUCAGACUGUUGAGCUCUGUUUAAUGGAUCCGAUAUCUUGCGGUUUGCGCAAGGGCAUUGUCGAACAGCUGGCGUGGGAGAUUCGUGAAAUUGGAGCAAUAUAAGUAGUAGUGAAUCAAGUGAAAGUCCGACAGCUUGUAGUAUAGUGUAUACAUAUAUAUUGUUAAUGUAUUAUACAGCGAAUUUGAAUAAACAGAU